AUGGCCCUGCGCCUCCUCCUGCCGCUGCUCCUGCUGGCUGCUACCCUCCUCAUCUCCCAGGCUCAAGGCAUUGGCAGCUCGGCCUCGGACUGCUGCUUGAAGUACAGCCAGAAAACCAUCCCCAGCAAUGUGGUGAAGUCCUACACCCUCCAGGGACCCGCGUCAGGAUGUUUGCUGCAUGCUGUUGUCUUCACCACCAGAAGGAACAAGAAAAUCUGUGCCUCUCCCACCGACGCUGCUGUCCAGAAGCUGAUGCAGAACCUGGAGAAGAAGGACAAGAAGGGAAAGUCCCAGCGUCCCAGGCACAGAUCCAAGCGGCAGAAGCGGCAGUAG